CCCCGGGCGCCAUGGCGUCCGUGCAGGCGUCGCGGCGCCAGUGGUGCUACCUGUGCGACCUGCCCAAGAUGCCGUGGGCCAUGGUGUGGGACUUCAGCGAGGCCGUGUGCCGGGGAUGCGUGAACUUCGAGGGCGCCGACCGCAUCGAGCUGCUCAUCGAGGCGGCCCGACAGCUCAAGCGCAGCCACUCUCUGCCCGAGGGCCGCUCCCCGGGGCCCCCGGCGCUCAAGCCCCCCUCCGCCACCGGCAAGGAGACCGUGGCUGCCCAGCCCGCUGACCGCUACGACCGGGCGUCGUCGUCCUCGUCCUCCUCGUCUUCGUCUUCCAUCGCCACGGCGGCAGCCUCCUCCGGGCAGCCCUCCCGCAUGCCCCUGCCACCGGCCACCCUGGACUUUGGGAUAGGGGCCCGGCUGGCCAACGGGGAAGCAGAUGGGGCCCGCAGGGCUCUGCUGGGGGCCAUGCCUGGCCUGGUCUCGCCUGGGCUGCUAGCAGCUGCUGUGUCUGGGCUGGGCGGCCGGGGGAUGGCCCUGGGGGCCCGCCCAGGCUUUGGGGCCGAUUUUGAGAAGGAGAAGGCGGUGGCCGGGGUGGGUGCUGGGGGCGUAGUGGGCAGCCAGCCUCCACGGGCGGCAGACUGCCUGGCAGAGCUGAACGAGGCCAUGCGUGGCCGAGCGGAGGAAUGGCACGGGCGGCCCAAGGCCGUUCGGGACCAGCUGCUGGCGCUCUCAGCCUGUGCCCCCUUCAAUGUCCGAUUCAAGAAGGACCACGGGCUGGUGGGGAGAGUGUUUGCCUUUGAUGCUACUGCCCGCCCCCCAGGCUACGAGUUUGAGCUGAAGCUCUUUACCGAGUACCCGUGUGGCUCCGGCAACGUCUAUGCUGGUGUCUUGGCAGUGGCCCGCCAGAUGUUCCACGAUGCCCUCCGGGAGCCGGGCAAAGCUCUGGCCUCCUCAGGCUUCAAGUACCUGGAGUAUGAGAAACGGCAUGGCUCUGGCGAGUGGCGGCAGCUGGCCGAGCUCCUCACCGAUGGGGUCCGCACCUUCCGGGAGCCCGCCCCUGCCGAGGCCCUGCCUCUGCAGUCCCCCGAUGGUGCCUCCGCUCGGCCAGCACGAACCCCCGGCCCAGUGCCCAGGAGGCGCAAAGCCUCACCUGAGCCGGAGGGGGAGGCAGCCGGGAAGCUGACCAGUGAAGAGCAUCAGCAGCAGCAGCAGCAGCAGCAGCAGCAGCAGCGCCACUGGGGAGCAGCCCCCUAUGCGGGUGAGCCAGCAGUAGCGGCAGCCGGGGCUCCUUCACCCAUUGCAGCCCUGAAGACAGUGGCUGAGGGGCUGGGUCAGUCGCCCAAGGAGGGAGGUGGGGGAGGCCCUGGGAGGGCUGGAGGAGCCAGUCCGGCAGGCUCAUCCCCAGCUGCUCCUCAGAGGCUGGUAGCCCGGAACGGAGAGGCAGAGGGGGAGUCUGGGAGCGGUGGAGUGGCCGGGGCGGGCGGUGGGACCAGUGGGGCUGGGGCUCCCCUGUGCUGCACUCUGUGCCGGGAGAGGCUGGAGGACACCCACUUCGUCCAGUGCCCGUCAGUGCCAGGCCACAAGUUUUGCUUCCCCUGUUCGAGGGAGUUUAUCAAGACCAUGGGCCCUGCUGGUGAGGUCUACUGCCCUAGUGGGGACAAGUGCCCACUAGUGGGGUCCAGCGUGCCCUGGGCCUUCAUGCAGGGUGAGAUUGCCACCAUCCUGGCAGGUGACAUCAAGGUGAAGAAGGAGAGGGAUCCCUAAGCUUGGCUCUCCCUCCUUCCCACAUCCCUUCCUAGGUCCCGGGUUUCUGGGACCCUGGACCCUGCAGCUAAAUUAUUCCCUCUGAGCGGCCCCUGCCCCCACACCUUUCCCUUACCCACAGACUGAGCUUUCCUAGAGCUAAUUCUGGGGGGAGACAGCCUUGAGGACACCCCCAGAGCUCUUAGCUGAGCCCUGCCAAACUCCUGGUACCCAGCCCCUAGGCUGAGCUUUCCCAGAACAGCCACCCCAGAUUUGGGGGUGGGGGGAGAUGGGGCCAGAGCACCCCCAAAGCCCAGAGCUGGAGACCCAGGUGUCUGGGUUUUUGCCCGUGGAAAAACUCUGUGGAACUGCUGCCCCCUGAUUUCCAGUGGGAGAUGGAGCCAAGGUCAUUCCAGAGCCCUCAGAACUGGCCCUUUGAUGCCUGUCUCUGAUCUCCUUCACGCUGAGCUUCCUUGCAGCAGGUGCCUGCUGUUUGAGGGGAAGAGAUGGGCUCAAGGACCUGGCCCCUGGAUUUCACGGGGCCCUAAAACUCCGAGCUGAGCCCCGAGAUGUCUGGGACCCCGACCUUAGACAAAAACCCAACAAACUCUGGAACCAUUGCCUCCAAGUCCAAGAGAAGAGAUGAAUUUAAAGAUGCCCCCAACCCAACCCCAGAACUGGGGCCGCGGACACACUGGGUCCUUGCCAUUCACUAGUGCUUCCUGGGAGUGGUCACCUCUGGUUCCAGGGGGAGACCAGUUCAAGCACACCUCCAAAGCCUAGCAUCCGGGACACUGGACGCUUGGGUCCUGACUUCGUACAGAGCUUGCCCAGAACAGCUGACCUCUGAAUCCGACAGGUCCAGGGGCGAGUCCUAAAGCCAGGCACCAUGCUUUUGGACAAAAUUUUCUGCAACAGCCGACCCCCUCUCCCCGGGGUGGGGAGUGUGUGUGUAUGUGGUGGUUUUAAGGACAUCAUUAAGCUCUCA